UUUGACAUUUGAGCAAUUCGCCGAUGCGGUUACCUGUUAGAUCUACCUUGUGCACAUGUUUCUGGUUGUCUUCCAAACUCCUCCCAAACAUCAACACGGAAUCAUCUAGGAAAUAAUGAGUGACGAAGUGGUUGAUGCUUUACCAAAUAUUCUAAUAACUGGCACUCCCGGUGUUGGUAAAUCGUACCUGUGUCAAAAACUCCAAGAGCAGCUCAAAUUCAAAUGGAUUGAUUGUUCCAAAAUCGCCAAGGAGAAUGAUUUCAUAGAGGAAUACGAUGAAGAAUAUGAGUGUCCCAUUUUGGACGAAGACAAACUUAUGGAUUACAUGGAACCCUUAAUGGCAAAGGGUGGUAAUAUAGUUGAAUAUCAUGGCUGUGAUUUCUUUCCGGAAAGAUGGUUUAGUGCCGUCUUUGUAGUCACAUGUCCAAAUAAUACAGUGCUCUAUGAUCGCCUUAAGGACAGAAAUUACAACGACAAAAAACUCAAGUCCAAUAUUGAAUGUGAAAUUUUCGGCACAAUAUUGGAGGAAGCCAAAGACUCCUAUAAACCAGAUAUAGUAUUUGAGUUGAAAGGUGAAACCAAACAGGAUGCUGAACAAAGUUUAAAGACAAUAAAGAAUUGGUACAAGGCAUGGAAGAGGAAAUAAAUAUAUUUCAAUAAAAGAA